AUGUCUCUCGCAACCUUAGAUACCACAGAGCACCCCAACCUCCCCGCCGCAUCUACAACGCUCUUCAGAGCCAAGGCAGCUCGCAAACUGACCUUCGAGAAGAUUGGAGAGCAUCUCGGUCGCAAUGAAGUAGCUGCAGCUGCCAUAUUUUACGGCCAGGCCAAGGCGUCGCCCGAAGACAUCGAAAAGCUGGCCGAUCUGCUCCUCAUCCCCCAGCAGCCUUUGGAGGAACAACUCAACGGCUUCCCUGAUCGCGGUCGCUCCGUCGAAAUGCCGCCCAAGGAGCCGCUUAUCUACCGACUGUAUGAGAUUGUGCAGAACUAUGGCUAUGCAUACAAGGCGGUUCUCAAUGAGAAGUUUGGGGAUGGGAUUAUGAGUGCUAUCUCGUUUUCGACAAAGGUUGAGAAGGAGACUGAUGAGGAUGGUAAUAACUGGGCUGUUAUUACUCUUCGUGGGAAAUGGUUACCCUUCUCUCGAUUCUAG